CUCACUGCAGUCACUCUUCGCUGACCAGAAAGCACCACUGGGGUGCUUGGGGGGAAAAAAAAUCUCUCAGAGUGGUAUUGACUUGGUAUGCUUGUGAACUGGGGAAACUUCUUGAGUUUGUUUGUUUUUUAAUCAUCUUUGAUUAUUUCUCCUUUUUUAGUAAGAUAGGAAAAAAAUAUAGAAAAAGAAUCAUGUCAGAGCACAGCAGGAAUUCAGAUCAAGAAGAACUCUUUGAUGACGAGAUUGAUGAAGAUAAAAUCUUGGCCAACUUGUCACCCGAAGAGCUGGAAGAACUGCAUUCGGAAAUGGAAGUCAUGGCUCCUGACCCCAGGCUUCCCGUGGGAAUGAUUCAAAAAGAUCAAACCGACAAACCACCCACAGGAAACUUCGACCAUAAAUCUCUUGUUGAUUAUAUGUAUUGGCAAAAGGCAUCCAGACGCAUGCUGGAAGAUGAACGUGUUCCUGUCACCUUUGUGCCAUCUGAGGAAAACACUCAAGAGCAGAAUGAAGAAAUAGACAAAGGCAAUAAAAAGGUGUCCCAGUAUUUAAAAGAAAAGCUCAAUAAUGAAAUUACUGCAAAUAAAAGAGAAUCAAAGAGCAGCAGCAAUGUCCAAGAAACAGAUAAUGAGGAUAAUAAUGAAGAUGAAGAAGACGAAGAUGAUGAAGACGAGGAAGAUGAAGAUGAUGAAGAUGAAGAAGAUGAAGAUGAUGGAGAAGAUGGAGAAGAUGAGAGUGAAGGGAGUGAUGAAAAAACAAAAAGAGAAGAGAAAGGCAAAGUAAAGGAGCAAGCCAGAAAUGGUGAGAACAACUGUCCUCAGGUAACUAGUAAAGCAUUUGAAGAACAGAAAGACAGACCAGAGGCCCAAGAAAAAAGUGAGAAAAAAAUAUCAAAAUUAGAUCCUAAGAAGUUAGCUCUAGAUACCAGUUUUUUGAAAGUGAGUGCAAGACCUUCAGGAAACCAAACAGACCUGGAUGGGGGCUUGAGGCGAGUUAGACAAAAUGAUCCUGAUAUGAAGGAACUCAACCUGAACAACAUUGAAAACAUCCCCAAAGAAAUGUUACUGGAUUUUGUUAAUGCAAUGAAGAAAAACAAACACAUCAAAACCUUCAGUUUAGCAAACGUGGGUGCAGAUGAAAACGUAGCAUUUGCCUUGGCUAACAUGUUGCGUGAAAAUAGGAGUAUUACCACACUCAACAUUGAGUCCAAUUUCAUCACAGGCAAAGGAAUUGUAGCCAUCAUGAGGUGUCUUCAGUUUAACGAGACACUAACCGAGCUUCGGUUUCACAAUCAAAGGCACAUGUUGGGCCACCAUGCCGAAAUGGAAAUAGCCCGGCUUUUGAAGGCAAACAACACUCUCCUGAAGAUGGGCUACCAUUUUGAGCUUCCAGGUCCCAGAAUGGUGGUAACCAAUCUGCUCACCAGGAAUCAAGAUAAACAAAGGCAGAAAAGGCAAGAAGAACAAAAACAGCAGCAACUCAAAGAGCAGCGAAGGUUAAUAGCGAUGUUGGAGAAUGGGUUGGGGCUACCACCUGGAAUGUGGGAGAUGUUGGGAGGGCCAAUGCCAGAUUCCAGAAUGCAGGAGUUCCUCCAACCUCCUCCUCAUCCUCCCAACCCUCAGCCAGUCCCCUUCGGUCGGCGCCAUGAAGUGAUGAAGAAGCCAUCGCAGCCUCUUCAGCACAGAACAGACCCUGACUCCUUCCGGACAGUGAAACUGAAGAGGACCCAGCGUAAAUCUCGGAUGCCGGAAGCCAAAGAAGCACCCGAGAAAACCAACCUCAAAGAUGUAAUCAAAACACUGAAACCAGUGCCGAGAAAUAGACCACCCCCAUUGGUGGAAAUCACUCCCAGAGAUCAGCUCUUAAACGACAUUCGUCAAAGCAACGUCGCCUAUCUUAAACCUGUGCAACUGCCUAAAGAACUGGAGUAAGAGGUGACAGAAUACUCUAGAAGAACAAGGAAUUGAAAUAAUGACUUUUGGAUUACAGCUUGGAGACUCUAUCAGCCCCAUACAUCUGGAUCAGGUGGUGGAACUGGGAACAAUGCUCACUUCUGACAGGAGUAUUUUGCAAAAGGCAGAAUGCUCGGCCCAUGACAAAACACAGGCUGAAAAAGAAGGAGGAAGGGGAUAAAAUAUUAACAUUCAGAGUCAAUAUUUUCUACUUCCAAUCAGUUUGAGUGACUUAGGUGAAAUUUAGAGUAAUGUUUUCAGCACAUAAGUUUAAAAAAAUGUUUUUUGUAAAUGUUUGCUUUAUUAUUGUUUUAUUCUGCUAAAUAAUA